AUGAAUCUUGUUAUUUUUCUUCUAGAGGAAUAUGGUUCUGUCUCCUCCACACCUGAUUCAACACCUCCCUGCACUGAAGGUAACAUCACAGAAUGCAUACAUACUGUACAGGUUUAGAAAUUGACUAUGUGAAUGAUUGAACUUCGUAUGUGAGAAUCAUAAUAUGAAAAAGAUCAUACUAUGACAUGUCUACAAAGAAUACAGGUGUAAUCUGAGGUUGAUUGUGUCCAUUUGUUCGUUUGAAUGCUUUUGUAGCCUUUCGGAAAAAUGAGAUCUGGAAACAGUACUCCCAUCAAAGUUGUUUUGCACCUUUGGAUGUUGCCCUUUCAUUCAGACAAAGCAUGUUGCGCUUUACUGGGCUUUCAACUCAGCGCUCAAAAACAUCAGAGGAUAUGUAGAUGAGAAAGCAACGUCAAACGGCUCCUCCAUAGACAUUAAAGUCACAGAACAUGUGAUAUGUUUAUGGAAUAAUAUUGUGUGCUCAUAUAGCUUUCUCCUAGGAUGAAAGUUUCACUGUAAUGGUUGAAGUUUAUAGCUAAGUUUAUAGCUUUUCUGUAAUGAAAACCUAUACAAUUUUCAACAUAUAACAUUGACACAGGACAGAAUAACAAAUAUAAAAGGUUUUCACUUUAAGGCUUUUCCUGUGCCUGUUUUCUCCAGGUGGGAAUGAGGAGUCUGAGCUGUGCGACCUGCAGACGGCCAGGGAGUGGUCUGAUGAAGAAGACGGGGGUCCGGAGGAUGAUGAUGGUGGAGCUUCAUCCCCCUCCAUUUGGGGGACCCCGAGACAGAACUCCUUCGAGCCCACCUUCUCCUACAUCGCCAUCGCCGAGGCAGAGGCGGGCGGAGCCUCACGACAUCAUCGGGACUCAUCGUCAGGGAGCCGGCGGAGGGGCGGGGCCAGGGGAGGCCGCACCUCCCUGAGCCGCACGGACACCGUGGAAAUGCUCCUCCCCCUGGACUCCCCCGACGUGGAGUGGGACCCCCACGCCUUCCUCGGCCGAGAGGAGGAGGAGGAGAGGGAGAGGGAGGAAAGGGAGAGGGACAUCCACAGACAGAUUGAGGCAGUCCAGGCCUCUCUCCUAGAUACUGAGAUUGAACCUCAAGAGAGGGACACAGAGACCCAGAGAGGGGAGACAGAGCCCCUGGAGCCCCAGCACUACAGUCCCUCUGACAGCCACCAGGGUGAGCCCACUAUGGGGCAGUGGGGAUGGGGUGGGGCUAUCUAGAUGGGAGGGUAGAUGGGAUCAAGGUAGGUAGAUAUACCUGCAUGGAGCUACAUUUAUAAAAGCAGGAGCUACUGCAUCUUUUCAGGCUUUCUAGCCCCUGAAAUCACACAGUGGGCGAGUAUAUUGCUCCAGGGUAAAUGGGUGUAAACUCUAUGUUUGAAAAUGGGAAGUGUGUCCCAUUUGAUAGUACAUAACUGUGACAGGCUUACAAACAACACAACUGAGUUGAGCUAAUACUGCCUGUGUGUGUGUGUGUGUGUGUUAGUCACACAGCAUGACUGAAGAUGAAGUCAGACACUGUGCUUUAGGCUCCCUGGACAGCGUGCUCUCUCCUGUUGUAUAGGAUCAGGAUGAGCACAUUUGUUAAUAAGAUUGCUAAAUCACUGUUCAUUGUAUAGUAGGUGAGGCUAAGGUAAAUAAUUACAUUGUUAGAUAAAUUAUAUUUCUAGUUGAUCUAAUACAACCUGAUUGUAGACUAACUUGAUGCAGGGUGAUGACAUCAUCACAAUGACCUUGUCUUCUGUUUCUCAGCAGCAUCACCGCCCCCUGAGCCUGAGUCCCUCGUAACCAUGGAAACCACAGUCACACUGCUCACGGCUGUGCGACCAAGAGGCGGCCUCACAGAUGAUGUGUCAUCCACUUCCUCCACCUCCGUUGGUCGAAACACUCAGGAAGAGCUGGCCAGUGAACAGUGGUUUUCAGUGCUCAACUUAUCAGGCCCUAUGAUAUGCACCCACAUAGCAGGUAACGUUUGUAGCACAUCUUACCUAUUUUCUGUGACUUUCCUAUCUUGGAACUACCUUUACAAUUUGAGCAUCUACCAUCCCCUUGCCCGAAUCAUUCUAUUUGACUUCUACUACAUUAUCUUACGUCAGAUAGUGUGUCUGUGUCUCCUGAAUUAAACCUCCGGCAUAUCCUCCAAUCUUAUUAUAGUGGGUGGACUGAGGGGUGGCUGGCCCAGGGGCUGGGUGGACUGGGGGCUGGGUGUACUUUACUGUCCACUCCCCCUCAUACUGACCCUGGGUGAUUAAUGGCUGGUGAAGUUGUUGACAAGCUUUAAGGGUUUUCUAGAUAUCAUGUAAAGCGAACCAUCUGGUUUCUGGAUCAGAAUGGAGCUGAAUGUGUCAGAACACAUUUUACUCCCCAUGUUUAUUGUGAGGUUAUACUAGCCGAUUACAGCUUAGACUACCGCUAUGCAUAUCUGAAAUAUAUGAGGCUAUUUGAGCCAUCGUGCUAUCUAGAACCUAAAAGGGUUCUUUGGCUGUCCCCAUAGGAGAACCCUUUGAAGAACCCUUUUUGGUUCCAUGUAGAACCCUUUUGGGUUCCAUGUAGAACUCUUUCCACAGAGGGUUCUACAUGAAACCCAAAAGGGUUCUACCUGGAACCAAAAAGGGUUCUCCUAUGGGGACAGCCGAAGAACCCUUUUGGAACCCUUUUUUCUAAGAGUGUGUACUUACCGGUAGGACGGUACUGUCUGUAUGUCACAAUAAUGUGUUUUUACUUCUAUACCUGCUACAUUGUUAGCUGUUGCCGGUUCUGUCUCUGCUUACAUAAGUGUGUUGUGUAAUUCUCUGUCUGUGUCCAUGUCCGUUUCCAUGUCUGUGUUUUUCUCUGAAUGGGUUUGUGUGUCUGUUAUCAUUGUCUGUGGAUAUGUCUCUUUGCAUCUCUAGUGGUUUUGUAUGUUCUCUCUGUUAUCCAGCUAUGGCUAUCUACAGUAUGUGUAUGCCAACAUGUCUGUGUCUCAAGGUUUGUCUCUGUCUCAGUCAAUAUACAGUAUGUGCAUGGACUAAAUUGUGUGAAUAAGGGAAUAUAUUGGGUAGCUAUCUUAUCACUAUAUCUAUCUGUCUAUCUACAUUGGAGUCUCCAUGAGUCUUGAGGGGGGCGGGCCCUAUUGGGCAGAUUAUUUUGGGCUGAAAGGUCUCUGUACUGCUGACGGGGCAGGGGAGGCCAAAAACAGCUCAGCGUGGCAGGGAGAGAGCAGGGAGACUGAGAGAGAGAGACAAAGAGAGAGAAGGGGGAUCGUCUGAGCAGCAACCAAAAUGGCCAACAUUAACGGUAAGACCCUGGGCUUAGAGAGAAAAGAUUGAGAUAAUGUGAGACGGUGUCAGUCAGCACACUGAGAUCUAUCAGUGAAUUGACUUGGUGGGGAGGCAGGUGACCUAUUGAAUGGGCAAAGCAGUGUCUCGUGUCAGACAUCGGCAAGAUCAUGGCACAGUUAGUUACAGUACCUAUCGUCCUCAGCCGUAGGGGCGUUUCCACUUAUAGGGACUUACUGUCUGUCCAGUGUAGAGCUGUGCAUUUAGUGACUGUGGGUUUGGAGAGGAGUCUGAACGUCAGGAGAACAGCUACAGACAGGGGUCUUUGGGGAGAUUUUGACCACUCACUGACCAGGAGUGUUUGAGACCAUACCAAUGGUGCAGAGGUGUGUGUGUGUCUGCCUGCUUAGUGAUGGGAUUGUUUCAGGCGGUGACGACCCAGAGUUGUGUUAUAUCUUGUUAAAACAUGUAGGGACCAUCUGUGUGGUUGUUUGUGUAUGUAAGAGGCUAGUAGCGUGAUGAACUGGUCUGUGCCCCAUCUGACAGGGUUACCUCUUUGGGCAGCAGGGUUGGCAGCAGGGUUGGCAGAGCCAAGGUGUUUCACAGGGGUACUCUGUGGCUGGGUGGUAGUUUUGGUUGUGGUGGUAAAUAAUGCCAGGUCAGGCUGUGAAUUGGUUGACUGGUGAUUUAUUAUGUUGUAGUAACGAUUGAGUCAUUCAGUCAGUCAGUCAGUCAGUCACUCAGUCACUCAGUCACUCAGUGCUCAGUGCCUCAUGGUGUAAGAGUAUGCUUCACUUGGCACAGAUAGAGAGGUUUCUCUAAGAUUAUGGCAAAUACAGCUUUCAAUUUGGUCUGUGGUCACGUGUGUGUACGUGCGUGUGUGUGUGUGUGUGUGUGUGUGUGUGUGUGUGUGUGUGUGUGACCCCCCACCCUCCCCUCCCCACUUCCUAUUGUCUGUACUAUUCUCAAAGAGUUCAUUAUACCACUAUAUUAACUUCAACCAAUAUAGACACGGCUUAGUAUUGAGUCAUUCUAUUGGACCGUCACAUGAGGGGUUUGUUUUGCCCCAGCAUUAGUAUAACUUGUUGUAGUAUGUCUUCCAUUUCUUAGUGCACUUAGUCUGUGCAUUUCACAGUGUUACCAUGUGCUGGUCAAUGUCGUAAAGUGCCAACACAUCAAAUAAAGCUGUAUGCUACUGUACUGUACUGUACUUCCACCUGUUGGGACAAUGGGCAGAUGUGUGUGUGCCGGAGGCUUUGAGGGUAUUAAUAGUAUGUUGUAAUGUUUAUAAAUAGUCCUCCUGCUGGUCAGAUAUAUCAGUGCACUCUGUUCUAAUUCCCAGGGCCAGGCUCACUCAUACACUGAUAGCCAUGGAGUAAUGACCACAUGUCUUUGUCACUACAGUUUACCACCUCCGAGGGUCGGCGAGCUGCUAGUGUUCAGCUUCAUUACACUGUGCUAUCAGUGUUUUGGCUGUAAUGACUGUUGGUUGGGAGCUACUGCUACUUAUUCCAUGGAGGGAUCAGGCCAGGGGAGUCUCCAUUUUGGCUCUGGGAGGGCCCAGUCGCAGCGGCUCCAGUUGCUGGGUGACUAAUCGAGGGAGAUGGGCAGGGUGCAGAGAGGGGGUGGUAGCGGGCUUGAAGAUUGUCAGCAGGUGCUCUCAGAGGCAACAUUUAAAUUCAGGGUUCCUGCUCCCUCCUCGCGUCUUUCCUCUUCUCUCUCCCUUCCUCUAUACAGUGUGCAGGCUAUAUUAAGCCCAGGCUUGACGUCUCCCCCUGCUCCUGUGUGUGUUUUCUCUCUGCCUGGUGAUCACUGUCCCUCUGCUCUGCCUCCGCACAGCUGAAAGGCCUUCUGGCCCACUGAGCACUGGAGAGUCAGAGCCAAACAGGGACUGACUGGCUGGUGAUGCUGUGGGCGUUUUGUAAAAGGCACAUAGGCAGGAACAGUGAGGAGGAGAGACUCUUGCAGCUCUGACUUUCCCUGCUGCCUUUAGCAACCAACUAAAAUAAUCAGAGGAAGUGUCAGAUGCUUGGGCUUGUCCCCUCCCCCACCCUGCUUCAAGGAAGUCCCCUGAGUCCAUGUUGGCUUCUACUCUGUUUCUCACUGGUUUAUAUGUGAAGUGAACAUGUAGACUAUGCAACUAACUUUCUUAUUUCUCCCUCUCUUGUUAAUUCCCCUUCCCAUCCCUCUAUUACCGUCUAUCCUUCUUUGGCUCUUCUCUUCUCCUCUCCUCUGCUCUCCCCUCCACUCCUCUCCUCCUCCUCUCCUCAGUGAUGGAUCUGAUCUACUGGAAGGACACAGAGCGUACAGGCAUGGUAUUCACAGGGCUGGUGGUGGGUUUGCUGUCCUUGUUCCAGCUCAGCAUCAUCACAGUCAUCUCCACUAUCUCCCUGGGCGUCAUGUGCUUCACCGUCUCAGUCUGCCUCUACUAUAAAAUCCUGCACGUUCUCAGCAUGGGAGACGGAGUGCACCCUUUCAAGUGAGUGGCUGUCCACCUGGGAUGGGAUGGGAUAAAAUGGGGUGGGAAGUGUUCCUGUCUCUUCUCUCAACGUAUUCAUCUUCUCUCCUCUCCAUUCACUUUGUCCUCUCCUUUGCCCUUUAAAAAAGAUGUCCUCUUUUCCCCUUUAUUCCCUUGUCUGCUUCCUCUCCUCUCCCCUCUUCUUUUCCUAUUUCUUCUCGCCUAUCCUCUCCUCUUUUCCCUCAUCCCCCACUCCCUUCCACUCUCGUUUAUCUCCUCUCUUCUCUAAUAAUGCUGUGGGAGUGGCAUUCAGGAAUAGGUUCUCAAUUGGCUGGAUUCUCUCACCUCCCAAAAUAAAUCCUGUCUGGGAUCACAGUCCAGUGGGCUUGUCUUUAAAAACGACAGUGUGUUUUAUGAUUUCUUAGGUUAACCACUGCUGUUUGAUAAAAUAGUUGAUAGACUUCAUCCAUCGUGAUCUGAAAGGAACGUUUUAUUUGAAUAUCUGUGCUGAUGGAAAUCAUAAAGGCAUAAGACAACAAACUGUGUUUGCAUCAGGGUGUGUUCGUGGCGACUAUCACUCAUCAACACUGCCUCUUUCCUCCUUCCCAUUGGUCCUUGACCCUGGACUCUAUCUCCCUCUCUUUCUCCAUCACUCCCCCUCUAUCACUUUGUCUUUAAUGCACCCUCCUUUUCUACCCCCCUCUCUUUCUCUACUCAGGGCGUAUCUGGAUCUGGACAUCAGUUUCAGUGGGGAGCUGGCUGACCAAUACAUGCAGAAGGCCAUUGUUACAGUCGUCUCUGCUGCUAACUCACUCAAGAAUCUCUUCCUGGUUGGAAGCCUCUUCGACUCUCUCAAGGUGAGACUGCCUAGGUAUUGGAUCUCAUCGAUCUUCAUCUAGAAAUGGCCAGAAUAUGGCAGUGUACCUUUUUAUAUGCUCUCCUUCAAUAGCGCCUCUGUCUCGUUCAUUAUCUAAGGAUCAAAUAACAUUUUACACAAGGAAGCACUUCAGAAUGGCAUAGACCUUUUGUCCCUCAAAACACACCCUCUCUCUCUCUCUCUCUCUGCCUUUCUCUCUUUUAACCUCCUUCCCUUCUCCUUGUCUCUUGAACCCCGUCCAUCAUCGUGUUUACAGGAGGCCAUCUUUUCGUUGUGGAUUUACUUUAACAUUGCUACCUCUAGCUGUCUGGGCUCGACUCUCUUUCAAUAGAGCAGACAUCCCUCCCCUUUCUCUAUCCAUCUUUUUCUCUUCCUCUGUUCUGUGCUGUACUGGCAUCAGCCUGCCUCCCCGUCCCCGUUCACUGGAGAUGACAACGUUGUCAUGCCCACCGUCGCCAAAUGACAAAUGACGACUGUGAUUCCUAACAAUACCACUAUCAAAGACAGCUACUGUCAUACCCACAACUCACUGUGGUUCAUAUGAUUGUGAUAAUCAUGUAUAUGCAGUCCUGCUGCUUUAAAUGUUCCCUUGUUUUUGGUCGCAUCGGAGUGUGAUGCAAGCAAACUGGUAGCAAGCACAAUUGCAAGUAUGUAGAACAUUGGGUUUUUAUUGAAUUGGCAUCGGGGAUGAUACACAAAAGAUAUGUGUUGUAUUGUAAGGGUUACAAUAAGAAAGCAGUACAACUGUCUCUUCCCCUUACAAGUAUACCUGAGUGCUCUCAAAGCAUUGCAAUGGUGUCAUUUUUGAUGGAGGCUAAAACAACAUAGUACUCAUUCAAAGGUUACUUUUAACAGUUUGCCAAGGCUAUGCAAAGGUUCUCGUCCUUUCCCUCUCCCCAUCCUAUAUAUGUGUUUCAUACAGAACAUGUAUGACAUUUCUCUGUGUGUAUUUCAGUUACGGUUACUCUAGGUCAGUCCUGACAUAUCGAUGAAGGAUGUUCCCUUGUCAUAGUAAUACAAUAUGUACAGCAAACUUCGACUAACUACUCAUUCGAGGGUUUAUCUUUAUUUUUAAUAUUUUCUACAUUGUAGAAUAAUUGUGAAGACAUCAAAACUAUGAAAUAACACAUAUGGAAUCAUGUUGUAACCAAAAAAGUGUUUAACAAAUCAAAUUAUAUUUUAUAUUUGAGAUUCUUCAAAUAGCCACCCUUUGCCUUGAUGACAGCUUUGCACACUCUUGGCAUUCUCUCAACCAGCUUCACCUGGAAUGAUUUUCCAACAGUUUUGAAGGAGUUCCCACAUAUGCUGAGCACUUGUUGGCUGCUUUUCCUUCACUCUGCGGUCCGACUCAUCCCAAACCAUCUCAGUUGGGUUGAGGUCGGGUGAUUGUGGAGGCCAGGUCAUCUGAUGCAGCACUCCAUCACUCUCCUUCUUGGUAAAAUAGCCCUCACACAGCCUGGAGGUGUGUUGGGUCAUUAUCCUGUUGAAAAACAAAUGAUAGUCCCACUAAGCCCAAACCAGAUGGGAUGGCGUAUCGCUGCAGAAUGCUGUGGUAGCCAUGCUGGUUAAGUGUGCCUUGAAUUCUAAAUAAAUCACAGACAGUGUCACCAGCAAAGCACCCCCACACCAUAACACCUCCUCCUCCAUGCUUUACGGUGGGAACUACACAUGCAGAGAUCAUCCAUUCACCCACACCGCGUCACACAAAGACACAGCGGUUGGAACCAAAAAUCUCCAAUUUGGACUCCAGACCAUAGGACAAAUUUCCACCGGUCUAAUGUCCAUUGCUCGUGUUUCUUGGCCCAAGCAGGUCUCUUCUUAUUAUUGGUGUCCUUUAGUAGUGGUUUCUUUGCAGCAAUUCGACCAUGAAGGCCAGAUUCACACAGUCCCCUUUGAACAGUUGAUGUUGAGAUGUGUCUGUUACUGGAACUCUGUGAAGCAUUUAUUUGGGCUGCAAUUUCUGAGGCUGGUAACUCUAAUGAACUUAUCCUCUGCAGCAGAGGUAACUCUGGGUCUUCCAUUCCUGUGGUGGUCCUCAUGAGAGCCAGUUUCUUCAUAGCGCUUGAUGGUUUUUGCGACUGCACUUGAAGAAACUUUCAAAGUUCUUGAUAUUUUCCAGAUUGACUGACCUUCAUGUCUUAAAGUAAUGAUGGACUGUCGUUUCUCUUUGCUUAUUUGAGCAGUUCUUGCCAUAAUAUGGACUUGGUCUUUUACCAAAUAGGGCUAUCUUCUGUAAACCCCCCCUACCUUGUCACAACACAACUGAUUGGCUCAAAUGCAUUAAGAAGGAAAUAAAUUCCAAAGAUUAACUUUUAACAAGGCACAACUGUUAAUUGAAAUGUAUUCCAGGUGACUCCCUCAUGAAGCUGGUUGAGAGAAUGCCAAGAGUGUGCAAAGCUGUCAUCAAGGCAAAGGGUGGCUAUUUGAAGAAUCUCAAAUAAAUAAAAUAUAUUUAGAUUUGUUUAACACUUUUUUGGUUACUACAUGAUUCCAUAUGUGUUAUUUCAUAGUUUUGAUGUCUUCACUAGUAUUCUACGAUGUAGAAAAUAGUAAAAAUUAAGAAAAACCCUCGAAUGAGUAGGUGUGUCCAAACUUUUGACUGGUACUGUAUAUAUAAUCUAAAUCUAAAUUCUUUAUCAAAUGAUAAACCGUUUCUGCUAGAAAGCUUCCUUUUAGACUUCAUUCAUUUUCUCUCCAAUUUACCGGGACAGUAGAAAGAAAACAUUGGCACAUUGAAUCAACAACAGUCAUAUGCGUUGCACCAUAAUGCUUUAGGGUUAAAUGUAAAUUUACAGCAGGAGUACUUAGUGUGACUUAUCACAGUUAGUGAGAGACAGUGUGACUGUGCCACGUAGCCUUCAGCCUGAGCCCCAGAACCCUGUGGUCUCAACCCUGACCUGGCCGGUAUGUGACAUGGAACACAGGUGGCUGUUAACCCAGUUACAGGGGCGAGAGGAGUUUCGUCUUCUCUGAGAGGGGGGUGUCCCGUUUCAGGAUGGGGAUAUGGGCCCUAAGUGACAACCCACUGAGCUAUAUUACACCAACUCCAAAAGGGUUAUGGUGGAUGAUCUGGGAAAUAUGUAGUUAUUAAUUGACCAUGUGCAAAUUUAACAUAUGGGGCAUGCAUGCAUUCAUUCACAUUUUACAUUUACAUUUUAGUCAUUUAGCAGACGCGCUUAUCCAGAGUGACUUACAGUUAGUGCAUUCAUUUUAAGAUAGCUAGGUGGACAACCACAUAUUUCAGUCAUAGUAAGUACAUUAUCCCCAAUAAAGUAGCUAUCAGGAAAGUCAGAGCUAGAAAGCGGGAGGGGGAAGUCAAGUGCGAGUGUUAGUUCACGAAAGGUGUAGAGGGGGUGCAGGGGGGGGGGGGGGGGGGGGGGGUGCUGUGGGAUUAUUUAAGAUACUCUUUGCAACACAUUUACCACAAGCUUGUGCUUCUAAGUCUUUGGUGGUCUUUGGUGGUCCUGUAUCGCUCAGAUGGUAGAGCAUGGUGCUUGCAUCGCCAGGAUAGUGGGUUCAACUCCCGGGGCCACCCAUACUUAAAAUGUAUGCAUGCAUGACUGUAAGUUGCUAUGGAUAAAAUCGUCUGCUAAAUAAAUGUAUAUUUUGAUGGAAUUUGCAAUCCUUAAUGCAAAGAGUACAUUCAAUUGUGCAUUGUGUAUGUGGAGCUCACUGUGUGUUUCCUCCCGUUCUUUUCAGCUCCUGGCUCUGAUGUACCUGGUGACCUUCCUGGGAAACCUGUGUAAUGGCCUGACUGUCCUCAUCAUUGGUGAGAAUCACAGACACAGUUAGAAUCAGUAUUUGAAUAACUUUAUUGUAUUGGCAUUCAAUAAUCAUGAUGGCCGUUUGUCCUGUAGAGACGGAUCCCAUUGGUUGAUGCAUGCUGACAUUGUCGAAUAUUGUACUUCAAGUAUUUCAGCUGAAGACAGCGCUUAUAUUGUUUUAUCAACAGCCUUCUGAUUUUAAUAAAAGGGUAUGCCAUGUUGUUAGUCUGAAGAAGCUAUUUACUCAAUCAGAAAGAUGAACACAUGCUCACUCCUCCCUUUCUAUCUUCCUCUUCUCCAGGUGUGAUCGCCCUCUUCUCUCUACCACUGUUCUACAGGCAGCACCAGGUAAAAUCGCACUAACGCUGCUGACAACUGCUCUCCUGAUUAAUUCAAUGAAAGAAGGUACUUCUGUCAAUUGUUCAAAUGAAGUGUGUUUCUCACCAAUACCUCUUUUGAUGUUCCAGGCAAAAGUGGAUGGCUUCUUUGCAGGAAUUCAGGCAAACAUUGACAACAUCAAGGACAUGUGAGUAUGGCGCCAUCUUACAGCACAACAGUGGAAUGCAACAUUCCUCUUUCCUUCCUGUAGUUUUCCAUUGCAGCUCUGCAGACCCUGAACUGAAUUCUGAAUCACUGUGAUGUUUACUCAAUUUGUAACGGCUGGCAGUAUUGGAGAAAUGGUAUGGAAAAAGCCUAUAACCUUUGUCAAUUACCAAUGUAAAUGAGAUCAUGUGAUAUUGACCCCUCUCUUUAAUACAGUAUCCACAGAAUUGCCCAAGGUGGUGGCCCAAUCCCAGACCCAACCCCUGGCGGCGCCAAGCCCAAAACACAAUGA